AUGUCUGCAAUGUAUCGCUAUUUUAAAGAAGUCACUAGCGAGAUUGAUCUCUUGCCCGUCAAGACUACUUCCCUUCCCGACCUCAUGGGGCGCACUUUGCAAGUAGGGACAUUUGUCUGUGCACCCUUCUCAUUCGGAACAGCUGGGAACGUGAGCAGUGCAGAAGCAGAAGCCAUCACCGACGGAUCUCUUGAUGGAAUCGAGAUGCUGGCGUUCCUCGAACUCUCAAAGAGGCUUAAUUUCACAUGGAAAUUACACGAACCUUCUGGAAACUGGGGUCACUUCAACAACGGAACUUGGAGUGGCGGAUUGAUUGGAGGAUUGGCUUCGGGAGCCUUAGAUGUUGCCUUCUGCACCUUGUGGAUUACCGAAGAGCAGAUGACUGUAAUGGAUUACGUGGUGCCAUGGAAUCAGAUAUGUAACACCUUCCUUGUUCCUCGGUCAGGUGUGACACUCACUUGGCGUUCCGUAUUUCUCACUCUGGAUGGUAAGGUUUGGGCAGUGUUGGGACUUUCUGUACUAGCCACAUCGCUGGCACUAUUUAUCCUCACUCAUCUGCAUCGGGUGACUCUUCAACCUCUUGUUAAACCUCACAAAUACGAGCGCCUAGACACCAGUUUCGUGGAGGUAGUUGGGAUGCUGGCUCUCGCGUAUUCUCCAUCUCCAGAGAGGAUACUGGGACCCAGCCGUUAUGUCAUUUGCUGGUGGUUUGUGUUCGCGAUGUUGGUAACAACAGCCUACUCCUGCGGCCUCGCCUCUCGCUUGACUUUACCACAAAACAACCCCCCUUUGGACUCGGUUAAAGACCUGGUCGAAGCCGGCUUUCAUUGGGGACACACUUAUUGCCCUACGGUCGACAUUAUCUUCGAUAAGAAUAAUCCGUGGCAUGAGAAGUUCAUAGAGAGGUUCGUGAUACUGGACGAUACUGAUCACAGUUAUCUCCUGAAGCGUGGGAAACACGCAGUGUUCGGCUACAAGCUCGAUGUGGGUACAAAUUACUUCUUGGAAACAGAACGGGUCGAGGCGGACGACUGGGAGUCUAUGCGUGUGAUGAAGGAAUGCAUGAGUCGCUUCUUCAUAUCUCUGGGGCUUGCCAAGGAUUCUCCGUACACAGCUGCCUUCAAUGAAGGCUUAAUUCGACUAGAAGAAGCCGGUAUCAUGGACAAGUGGCAGAGAGACGUGUUACUGAGGCGAGGCAACCGUAAUAUCUCGUUUAUGCUUCAGGAGAAACGUAGUGUCAUAGAUUCGGCUGGACCGCUGAAGCUGUCGAUGGCUAACCUGCAGGGCGCUUUCAUCAUAUUGAUACUUGGGAAUACUGUGGCUACAUUUAUAUUUAUAUCAGAGGGAGCGAUGAAUAAAUUGUAUUAA